UAGGCAGAUAAAAUAGAUUAGGUAGGUAGAUAAGCAGAUAGACAUUUAGAUUAGGAAGGUAAGUAGGUAGAUCGACAGGCAGCUAGAUAGUACUGGAGAUCUGGCCAUAGGAGGGUUAACACCCAACCAAACCUCAAGGAAAGAAAAAAAGGAUCAAUGGGCUUGGCACAGCAAGAGCAGGAGAGGGGGAGCAGAGAUCUAGAGAGAGACAUCAAGGGAGGAGAGAGAGAGAGAGAGAGAGAAAGAAGAAAGCAGAUGCAGCAAGGUGGAUGCACUGAGAAGUAGCUAAGAGGAAGAGGCACAGGGAAGACCUACUGAGCACCUCAACUUGCAGAGUCCCCUCCGGGCAGUUUCUUUUCCCUUGCCACUGGAGAGAAGCAGGGCAAGGGCUUCUUCGUGUUGCCCAAGCAUCGGUGCCGGAUAGCGAAGACUCGAGGGAGGCCAGGGGGAUCUCGCCUCUUUCCUAACAAGCCCCUUUCUCUCAGAUGGGGAGAUGCCAGACAGCUGGAACACAUCUUCAGACAGCGUAGAAGCACGAACUGCAGGCAUUAUUGUGCCGGUGGUCUUCUCCCUCAUCUUCUUCGUGGGCACAGUAGGGAACGGCUUGGUGCUGGCUGUGCUGCUGCGCAAUGGACAGGUGAAAUACAACACCACCAACCUGUUCAUCCUUAACCUGGCGGUGGCGGACCUGUGCUUCAUUGUCUUCUGUGUCCCCUUCCAGGCCACCAUCUACACGCUGGAUGGAUGGCUCUUUGGUGCCUUUGCCUGCAAGGCAGUGCACUUUCUCAUCUACCUCACCAUGUAUGCCAGCAGUUUCACCCUGGCAGCUGUCUCUGUGGACAGGUAUCUGGCUAUCCGUUACCCCCUGAAAUCCCGGGAUCUCCGGACCUCUCGCAAUGCAGCUCUUGCCAUUGUAAUGAUCUGGACGCUGUCACUGCUUUUUGCAGGACCGUAUCUCAGCUACUACCAAAUAGUCCUCUACCAGGAGGUGCCCAUCUGUGUCCCUAUUUGGGAGGACCAGCGCCGCAAGAUCUUGGACAUCCUCACCUUCGUAUUUGGCUACGUCCUCCCAGUCUUUGUUGUCAGCCUGGCUUACGCUAGGACAAUUAAGUUCUUGUGGACUGCUGUAGAUCCCAUUGAGAGGAUCUCGGAGUCCCGUAAAGCCAAGCGCAGGGUCACCAAGAUGAUCAUAGCAGUGGCCGUCCUCUUCUGCCUGUGCUGGCUGCCCCACCACCUAGUGAUCUUGUGCUUCUGGUUUGGCUAUUUCCCCUUUAACCGGGCCACCUACGCCUGCCGCUUGGCUUCCCAUUGCCUGUCCUACGCCAAUUCUUGCCUCAACCCAAUUGUCUACGCUCUCAUCUCCAAGCACUUCCGCAAGAGAUUCAAGCAGGUCUUCACCUGCCUCCUCAUCCAGGACAAGAACAAGAAGAGGCGAGCAGGCAACAAGGUCCACGUAGCCAAUGUCAACAAUGGUUUAGCCAACCAUACGGCAGGCUUCUGUGGAGGGAACACAGAGGUAACCCAACUCCAUGAGGAAAAUAUCCGAUGCUACCAGGGCCUGUUGCUGAAAGAAACUGAAGGGGGGGUGCCUGAGGCAUGGUCUCAUCAGUUAGAAGACACAGCCAUCUCGGAUCAGAGAGAGCUAAUGAAUGAAGAAGGUUCUGGGGCAACUGACAACAAUCAACUGGCUGUGACAACACACGAGGGACUGUAACCUACUAAUUAUCCAUGGCAGAUUAUUUAAAUGGAGGGCGGUGCCUCUUAGCAUCACAGUCCUAUCCCCAUCAGCAUCAGAUGUGGAAUGGGUUGGCUUUAGAUAGCUUUUCUCAAAACACACAAACUACCCAGAAUUUCUCAAUGAGAAUAUCAACGUUUCCCAGCUGAGACUGCAUUUUAAUGGUUCCAUUUACACCCUGUCCUUGGGUAAUGGCUACAAAAACUAUUAAUGAAGCCACCAACUGGUUGUAGAAAUAAGGGGUGCCUUGAGAUGUACCCAGCAGUGAAGGGAUGGUCAGUUGGGUCAGAGAAUUUAUUAAUGUCUCUUGACAAAAGUGGGUGGUCCCAGACUAGCUAAUGGCGAUGGUGGUAAAACAUGAAAAAGCCAUCCCUAGAUCUGGAAGAUCUCGCUGAAUAAUUACAAACUGGUGGCAAACAACCUCUUUCUCGGCAAAGAUCUUCAGCGGGUAGUUGCUGACCAGAUCCAGGCAUGCUUGGAUGAGACUGCUUUUCUGGAUCCAAUUCAGUCAGGUUUCAGGCACUGAAACAACAUUGGGCACCCUGUAUGAUUACCUUUAUCAGGAGAGAGAUAAGAGAAGGGUGAUGCUGUUCUUCCCCUUGAACUCUGGUUUGCUUUUGAUACCAUUGAGCAUGGUAUCCUUCUGGACCUUCUGUCAGAAUGGAAAGUGGGUGUCACUGUUUUGUGGCGGUUCCUCUCCUGUUUGGGUGGUCCACUUCAAAAAGUGAUGCUUAGAAUUAUUGUUCAGUCCUGUGGAGCCUUCAUUGUGGGCUUUCAGAGGGAUUCAUCAUAUACCCCCAUGGAUUUACUGAAUCAGUGCCUGACUGCAGUAAACAACUGGAUGAGGGAAAACAACUGAAACUCAAUCCAGUUAAAACAAAAUAAUUUUUCCCCUUCCAGUAGCACCUUAGAGACCAACUAAGUUUGUUAUUGGU